GGGCUUAAUAAGAAGGACUAACAUCCCAAGAGGCAAGUACCACAUAAAUAACCUUUAUGCAGUAGACUACAUUGUUAUGGGAACCGUUAUAAUGGAGGUGAAGACAAGUAACAUUGCCAGAGAGGCUGCAUUGGGAGCAGGUUUUUCUGAGAGAAUACCAGCUCAUACAGUGACUCAGGCCUGCAUAUCAUCCAACCAGGCAAUCACAACAGCUAUUGGCCUAAUUGCAGCUGGUCAGUGUGAUACAGUAGUGGCUGGAGGCGUAGAGUUCAUGUCAGACGUACCAAUCAGGCACAGCCGAAAGAUGCGUAAAAUUAUGCUGGACUCACAAAAAGCAAAAACCAUUCCUGCCAAAUUGCAGCUUUUUUCGAGAAUAUUAAGUCCAUCUGUUUGGAUUCCAGAAUUACCAGCUGUGGCAGAGUUCUCCACAAAUGAAACCAUGGGGCAUUCUGGAGAUCGUCUGGCUGCUGCUUUCAAGAUUUCAAGACAAGAACAGGAUGAGUUUGCAAUACGGUCCCAUAAACUGGCGCAGGAAGCCACAGAGAAAGGUUUGUUAAGUGACAGACUGGAUUACAAAGUACCAGGUGUGGAUGAGCCUGUGACGAAGGACAAUGGCAUUCGACCAUCUAGCCUGGAACAGCUGAGUAAACUCAAGCCUGCUUUUAUUAAACCAUAUGGCACAGUGACAGCAGCUAAUGCCUCUUUCCUUACUGAUGGAGCAUCUGCCUGUUUGAUCAUGUCAGAAGAGAAAGCCCUAGCCAUGGGAUACAAGCCUAAGGCUUAUCUCAGGGACUUCCUUUAUGUUGCACAAGAUCCCAAGGAUCAGCUUCUUCUUGGCCCAGCAUAUGGAACUCCCAGAAUCCUGAAGAAAGCUGGACUUGCCCUUGGUGAUAUUGAUGUUUUUGAGUAUCAUGAGGCAUUUGCUGUAAGUCUUUGUCCUGCUUGUUAUUUGAUGUAUCUGUCUGUCUUUGUU